AUGAAUCAUUAUCCAAUAAGUUCUAGUUCAACAUCUUCAACAUCGAUUCUGUCGAUAAAUUCAAAUAAUUAUAAUUAUUUAAAUUCAAUAACAAUGACAAAAUGUAAAUUACUCCCCACUAAAACCAUUUCUCGUGGUAAAUUCCGUGGUAUUAAUGAUAUUAGAAGAUUUCAAUGUUAUAAUUCUCAAUGUAAUUUAAAUUUUAAUGAAUAUCAAUUAUGUAAAUAUUGUGCUCAUGUACCUUAUGUAUCACUGCCAUUAAGAAUAAAAGUGAAAAAUAAUCUCAAUGAUGAUGAGGAGUAUAAUACUGGCAGAACAGGCAACAAUAAUAAUAAUAAUAAUAAUAAUAAUAAUAAUCAAUAUCGAUCGAUAAAAAUUGAUUAUAUACCACCAACUCGAAGUAAUGCCAUUAUAAGAAGGAAUAGUAGUUAUAUCAAUAAUAACAACAAUAACAACAACAACAAUAAAUUAAUUGUUCCUCAUUCGGUCACAACCCUUGGCACUACUAAUAGUAAUGGUAAUGGCGAUUUAACAAGUAAAUUGAAUGAAUUUUGGGAUCAUUUAGAAAUGGGGAAACUUCAAAUUAAACAAAGAUUUAUGGAUAUUAAAAUUCAAAAACAUAAAUUAUCAUUUAAAAAACGAUCAUUUUCUGCUCCUCCCAUGGUACUAGGAAAUGACAACGAUACCACCACUAACAAUAAUAAUAAUAAUAAUAAUGAAAAUAUUUAUUAUUCAACAGGUACUAGUACCAGUGAUUACAGCACCACCACCACUACUACUACUACUAGGUAA